AUGUCCUCGCCGGCGUCCGGAGAUCUUGCUCCACGUGUGGACUGUCUCGAACGUGAAGUCAACGUGGCCAUCGCGGCUCGCCUCGAGAAGCUUGAAAAAGAGGUCUUUGCUGUGUCGUCUAGGCUGCAGAUGAAUCAGCUCGACUUGGACCCGAAGGGCCUUACCCCUCCAAGCAGAAGUGGCAUGAUCGGCGUGAUCAAGGCUGACCCCAAGAGGGCUAUCGAGAGGCUGGACAGCAAACUGGAUGAUGCCGUGCACCAGCUCACGGAGCAGGUCCAACAGCUGCGAUCAGUGACGAGUGAACGAUUCCGCGAAACAGAACAGAAGAUCGCGGACUGUGAAGCUGCCUUGACAGAAGUCUGUGCACCGCAUGGGAGAGAUAUAAGGCUCGUACAGACUGACCUACAGGACUGUUUGCCGAUAGGCACUGCACAACUUGCAAAGACUGCAAGCAGAAGCCCAGACAGUAGUUGGCAGGGGCGACUCGAGCGACUGGGUGCGUCUAGGAACUCCUCACCCAAAACUCGGCCACUUUGCCGUCGGCGUGGUUGGGCUUCUGGAGCUUUUCGGACUGCCCCAGCUAGCCCCUCCGUCCAACCACUCCAAACUGAAAGUGUCGACUUCUUUGCGCCACGUGCUGCUGCAGCACUCCCUGAUGCCAAUAUCCAAGAGCUGGUCCACAGGGUUUCAGAGAUGCAGCGCGAGACCGUGCCAAGCUUCGCAGAUGCGUGGGAUGUUUCGGACCGAACAGAAAGAGAUCUCAAUGUUGAGUCUUCACCGAUUGAUACAGAUGACAUGGAUGUAUGGUAG